AAUUAGGUGACAUUCCAAAAUGGCUAAAAAAGAAGGGGUCCAUUUACAACUCAUAGUUUGAUUCCCUUUGGUUCUAAAAUCCGCUCUGACAGCCUACACUGACACCCAAAAAUAAACAAAGUCAAAACCCCCCCAAAAAGAAGAAAACAUCUUUCAUCUUUCCUUUCUUCUCCGUCUCUAAUUCUUUUUUUUUUCAUAAUUCUAUCAUCAUACUAGUGUUUGAUUUGCCUUAGCUUCAAGGUUACCUUUCAUCGUAUUCACACAGUUAUUUUACACCCAAAUUCCCUACUGUAUUCAUCAUUCCAAAACCCAUUUGGGAAUUUGAUUGCUUUUAUGGCCGUUUCACCACCGGAUUCAUUCCCGCCCAGAAAACGGCGGCCCGGGUACUUUUUCCCAGACAAGAAUGAGAAUCUGCUCCACUCCCUCUUGCUUCUCUCCAAAGAAAUCAGCUCCUUUCUGCCCCACGAAUUCCUGUUACGGCGCACCUCCGCUUCAGCCAUCCGGAAAACCCGGCUUCUCUCCGUCUUAUUCGAAGACCUCCUCCAAUCCUCUGCCCCCGUUUUCCCGCCUUCCGCCGCCUUAUGUUUUGAGGAAUUGUUCUUGCUAAUCCAGCGAAUUAAAUCAUUGCUGGAAGAUUGCUUCAAUUCUAGUAACACCUGGCUCCUGAUUCAGAGCCAGUCCGUUUCCGCUUCCUUUCACGAUAUCACUCUGGAAUUGUCCACCAUCCUGGACGUCUUCCCCGCCGGUGCCGGAAACCCCCUGAAUCUCUGCCGGGAUGUUCGAGAAUUGGUGGGUCUGAUUAGGAAACAGUGCUUCAAGGAGAAGGGAGCUUAUCACCUAGAUCCCGAAGAUGAGGUUCUCCGGCAACAGGUCCUCGAAAUGCUGGAAACUAUCAAGGAAGAAAUCGUUCCGGAUCAUUCCAAACUGGCCCACAUAUUCGAGAGCCUCGGACUCCGAGAUUCCGCCGGUUGUCGGGACGAAAUGGAGAGCCUGGAGGAGGAGGUCGUCAAACAAACCGACCCGAAUUCCAAAUCCCGGGUCGUCGCUCUGAUUGGCCUAGUUCGUUACGGUAAGUGCGUCUUGUACGGAGCUUCCACCCCGUCGUCGGGUGGAUUCCGGCGGAGCCGGUGGAGUAAGUCGGCUUCUUUUGAUUUGAAUCAUGUUCCGGCGGAUUUCAGGUGCCCCAUCUCCUUGGAUUUGAUGCGGGACCCGGUCGUGGUGGCGACCGGUCAAACCUACGACCGGCAGUCCAUCGUCCAGUGGAUUGAGUCCGGUCACGAGACGUGUCCCAAAACCGGUCAACGGCUUGCCCACACCGGUCUCAUACCCAACAAGGGUCUCUACAACACGAUUGCGGCGUGGUGCCGGGAGCAACGGAUUCCGUUCGAGCCGGCGGCCGAGACCGUCGUGAAGUCAAACGGCGGCGCGAGGGUGGGUGGGGUCAACAAGGCGGCGCUGGAGGCUACGAAGAUGACGGUGUCGUUUUUGACCGGUAGACUCGCCGACGAACAGCCCGUGGAGAUGGCGAACCGGAUAGUUCACGAGCUUCGGGUCCUAGCAAAGACUGAUUCCGACAGCCGGAGCUGCAUCGCGGAGGCCGGAGCCUUACCUUUACUGGUCAAAUUCCUAGGUUCGGAGCAGCCGAGCCUGCAGGUUAACGCCGUGACAACCAUUCUUAACCUGUCCAUUCUAGAAGCGAACAAGACCAGGAUCAUGGAGACUGACGGCGUCUUAAACGGCGUGAUCGAGGUCUUAAGAUCAGGUGCCACCUGGGAAGCCAAAGGGAACGCGGCGGCUACUAUAUUUAGUUUGACCGGGGUCUAUGCGUACAAGAAAAAGCUAGGUAGGAAAACACGUGUAGUGAAAGGAUUGGUGGAACUGGCGAGGCACGGGCCCGCAGGCUCCAAGCGGGAUGCCAUGUUGGCCAUCUUGAACCUAACUGGAGACAGGGAAUCCGUGUUGAAGCUGAUUGAGGCUGGAGUGGUGGAGAUGGCUGCGCAAGUAAUGUCGUGUGGCGGUGGCGGGGUAUUGACGGAGGAUGCCGUGACGAUACUGGAAAUGGUGGUGAAGAAAGGCGGGUUGAUGGCGGUGGCUGCUGCAUACAAUGUGAUCCAUGUAUUGGCGGUGGCUGCCCUGAGAGAGGGCAGCGACAGGGCGAGAGAAAGCGCCGCGGCCACGUUGGUGAAUAUGUGUAGGAAGGGAGGAUCAGAGAUGGUGGCAGCAUUAGCCGCGGUACCUGGAGUGGAGAGAGUGAUAUGGGAAAUAAUGGGAAUGGGAGGGACUGCCAGGGGAAGGAGAAAGGCGGCGACAUUGUUGAGGCUUCUGAGGAGAUGGGCUGCAGGGCUAGAUGAUGGACAAGAGCACCGUGGAGAUGACACUAGUACUACAAACGUGGAUAUGAUUAGUGUUGCUGCUGCCACUUCGAGUACAACUUCAACCCGAAUAAUUUUGCCAGGCUGAUGAUAUGACUUGUGUCAUCAUCUCAACUGUGAUUUAUGAUUUUGAUCCAUUCUUUCAUUCUUUCAUUUGUUUUUCUCUUGUAAACAAUUCAAUGCCACUGAUAGGUCCAUACUGAUCUAAGUUGUGUCAUGAUUGGAUUUCAGCUUUGUGUUUAUUUAUAUGCCCGUACUUCUUGCUUCUUUUUGUCCAAAUCAUUCAAAUGUUGUCCUCAUUUCAAGCUUAAUUGCUCUUGGUUCCUGUCAUACAAGCUGAUUUUUUAGUCAUUUGGCUGGAAUCUAAUGGGCGAGUCCGCAGUAUCAUGACUUUGAUAAUGCUGUGAAUUGGCUACUAGAUUCAUACUCUGAUCCCG